AUGCCCACGAGGUAUAAUGUCACCGUCGUGGCACCAGGUCCAACUCGGCCUGUACUCGCCGUGCCUUUCCAACCCUCUGCGACUGUUUCUGCCUUCAUCACCGAACUCUGGAAGCGAAUUGUCAAGCUCGGGGUCAAGGUAGAGCCCAACACCCACAUUGUCACUCUCCAUUUGGACAGCGAGGACGGCGCCAUCAUUGACGCUGAUGACAUGCUUGAUGCUGUUGUCGACUCGGAGAAAGACAAGCUCUUUGCCACGUUCAAGGAGGGAAAUGUCAAGCAGACUAGCUCUACACCCCAACAAGGUCUUGCUAUUCGCGUCAUCACACCAGAACUGGCCUACAAGCGGGAAGAUGUCCGACCAAUCCACAUCCAGCCGUCUUGCACUAUCAGAGAGCUUCAUCAGCAAGUUUCAGGUCACCUUGGCCUUCCAGGCACCUUCGACAAGCCGCAUCUCGAGAAUGAAUGCAACUGCACUCUGGCAAAGCAGCUUGCCGAUGGCGCCUCUCCUCCCACCAAAGUCACUGUCGUCCAUGGCAAGAGCAUCGUUCAGCGCCUGGACAUCCCAGAGGCCGCGACGGAGACUGUACUCAACGAGAUCCUUGGUGCGACUUUCGGCAACGAUGUGACAGCCAACAAGAAGAUAAACCUCUACGGCGCCGAAUUGCAUGCGGCCCAGCGCGCAUCUAAUGUGUCGACCUACAAGAAGCCACCAGUCGUCGCCGUCUGCUCGAGGCAUCGUCACACGCCAACCCAGGCAAAGAUAAACUACGAGGACGAGGACUCCACCCUCCGCCGCACGCUUGAUCUGCACACUUCCGAGCUUCCAAUUAGCCGUGCAAGCUUCGAUGCCACAUUGGCUGACGCUGGUUUGCAGUCUCUCGCAGAGGACGACGGUACCGUCAGCAUCUAUGCUGUCAAUCGCGGAAUCGCCGAAUCAACCAUCUCCGGCUACAACGGAGGCCACACUUACCGCUACCGACGACACUGGGAGCCAAAAGUCAUACAGUCAGAUCGCGGAAUGGCAGUCUUCCUCUCGACCAUGUACGUGGCAACCAAGAAGGUACAAGAGAUGGACGAGCAAGGACAAGAGGCCUUCUACCGUGUCUUCCAUCUCAUGACGCACUUUCCGCCAGCUCUUCGUGCGGUCCAAGUCCUCAUUGAGGGAAAGACACCAACCGCCAUGGAGAGUGCUGCAAUUUCACAUGCCCUCUACGAGGUCCUUGCCUCAUUCAUGCCAGCUGAGAUCAUCGGACAAGGAACAUCCAGAGCUUUUGAAGGCACUCGAGACCUUUUUGGCUUCCUCUUCGACCAGGCGCAUUCCACGAGACUUCCUGAGGUCACAGAUGAUGCCAAUCUGCCAUACAUAUCCUCCUUCAACACGAUUGACUUGCGCGAUCACAAGACGGCGGAGCCUGUGAUGCACGCCGUCAACACACAAGCUGGUCUGAUGGAGAGGGACCUGAUGGACGCUUUGUCUGAUGAUGGGGUCCUCAGCGGUUCGCAUCUGGGCAUUGUGGUCGAAGCGGACACCGACGAGACAACAAAGCGGGUUGCCCUAUUGUCCGCAGGUGUCAUUGGGGAAGUGACGAUCUUCUCCACUGCACAAUUGAUGAGCAAGUAUCAAGCCAUCUACUCUGAUGGCGGAGACGCAGACGUUGUGCUGGAUAGAAGUGAGCUGACUGAGCUUCACCACCUCGCCGAUCUGGCUGGUCGCUACAAGCUCGGCGCCUACAAGCCUUCGCAAUUGGCGGCAACCGUCUCUCCGUGUCUGACCGCUCUCGGUAGGAAGGGCCACUUGGCUGUGUACGUGGGCCUGUUACCAUGUUCUGGCCCAGGAGAAUCGACGGAAAUCUUUCGGCCCAAGCACGGUAGAGAGACUGUCAACGAGAGCACACUCGAGCAGAUUAUUGAGCCCAUCAUUGCUGGAUAUGAGUCCGACGGCACAGCCGUCUUCGACGUCCAUGGUGGAUCACUGGUCAAGCGAGCUUCCAACCCAGACGAGAUUGUGAUGGUCGCCGUCGACUGCAGCAGUUCCAUGCGCGAACGCACCGACUUUCUGGAGUUGCAGGACCAAGAGGUCGAGAUAAAUCAAGUUUCAGAACCAACACCAGAGAGCGUAAUCGACCCAGAAUUUUACACUCGUACUGGAUUCGAUGAUCUCAAAGAGCAGCUCUCCAAGCACGAAUCUUUCGACGACAUGACGGCCAUCGUCGGCGAAGCCCGUGCUGGUCGUGGGCGUCAUGUUGCCAAGGACGUACUUCGCCUCGUGCAAGUGCAGGUUGGUAGAGAGAUCAUGCAGAAGCACAAGGAUCUCCAAGCUCUGCGGACCGUGCCCGGGAGGGGACUGUACCGCGUGAAUGCAUUGCAGGCCACGCUCAACGACCGCAUGGCAUUUUGGGCCGGAAUGAAGACGCACGAGGAGCCUCUCACCGACUUCUUAACGUAUCGAGCCAACGCUGAUCGCCAAGUCAGCACAAGCUGGAUGUGGACUCCUGGAGAUGAUGUCCCAACAGCUGGACCUUCCAAGCGCCGCACCCUGCAGUCACUGUCUGAGGAGAUCACAGACGUGCCCAAUGAGCUGAUGUGCCCAGUCUCUCACGCUCUCAUGGAAUCUGCUGUGAGGGCAAGCGACGGAUUCACUUACUCUCGCCAAGGCAUUACUCAGUGGUUUGCAAUCCGCCUGUCUUCUCCAAUGCACGGCCUGGAGCUCAAUGGCAGAUUACUCGAAUCGAACGAAGGCAUCUCGCAGGCUGUUGCGCACUGGAUUGAAGGUCGCGAGCUUGUGGCUACGGAUGGGUCUCCAUCGAUGACCUUGACGUUCUCUAGCAGAGUUGGUCAAUUUCAGCGUAAGGUUCGGUCCUCUUUGACGAUGCUGCAGCUGUACCAGCUCGUCUUCCGUGGGCUCAAAGCCCGACACCUGGUAUUCGAACUUGCCAAGGGCUCCACGACACUUCGGCCUUCAAACUCAUCUCUUGCUACCAAAGGCCUUCGGAACGGGGACGGGAUUCUGGCGCGCCUUGCCGACGAUGAUUCCUUGGCUGUCGCGGGCAGCGGUGCCUCAUCAGCCUCCACUUCGGAAGAGCACGCUCUCGUCAAGGUGUACGAUUUCGGCCGUGUACUCUGCAGCUAUUGGAUCCCGCGUACCACCACCAAGAAGAUGAAUUCUAUCCUUUGGAAGUUCUGGCGCGCAUAUUUCCACAAGUACUUCGCCCUUCCCCACGAGGAGAAGGUCAUCUGGAGCGACUUGAACCUCACAGGCGACGGCUUCAUGACGGGCUCGCUGUGCCAAGACCCGAAUCAACAGCAGCUCUCACGUUACUUGACUCCCCUUCAUUGCUUCGGCAAGCUCGUCGAUGAGAAAGUCUACCUUGAGGAGGGCGAGGAGCUGGGUCAACUGGGCCAACCGGGCCAACCUCUCGUCUUCAAGGUGAUGAUCCAGAACUGGCGACCAAAUACUGAUCGAGACACCCCUCGACUCAGCCGACUUGAUGUGCUAAAGCAGAUGUUCGAUGCCCUCAUCAAUCGCCUUAUUGCAUAUUCUUUCAAGACCCAUGUGGGUCUCGUGACAUUCGAAUCCAACUGCCGAGUCCACAUGACGCCAUCGUCGACUCUGGAGAACUUCCGCCGUGCAACCAACAACAUGAAAGCCCGGGGCGAUACAAAGCUCUGGGAUGGUCUUCAGCUUGCCAAGGAUCAGCUGCUCGAAUACGCAGAGAAGUUCCCAAACGCGAAGAAGCGCAUUGUUAUUUUGAGUGACGGCAUGGAUACCAAGUCUACGGCGACCAGCCAAGAAGUCGCCUGGGAUCUUUUCCAGAAGGGUGUCAUGCUUGACAGCAUCUCUCUCGGUGACGAACCGAAUUUGGAGCUGAAGACCAUUUCCCAGAUUCUGGGAUGCUACCGUUUCCACCCUACGUCCGUGUCGAAUGCUCUCGCUAUUUGUGAGCUUGAACCUCUGCUUUCGAUAACUCAUCGUCCAGAGAUUACCGCAACGCAGUCUCUUCCCCGAAAUCGUCUGCAGUUCCUCUCGCAGUUCUCCUAUUCUCGGUGGCUCACUUCGCCGACUGUUGUCACACCAGACGUGUACCCAGCCAGCAAGCAGCAUCCCAACCUACAGGACGAGUUCAUCCAGCUCACUGCGGCUUCUGGCAAUUCGAGGAGCACGUCGCAGCCAGGUCGUCGAUCCAACAAGCGCAUUCCUCGCCUCAUGAGCGAAAUGAAGCGGAUUCCCACAGCCGGCUCCCACCCAAAGUACGACAUUUACGUCUCGACGAGCGACAUUGCCUUCUGGAAAGUGGUAAUGGAGGGCCCCGAUGAUAGCCCCUAUGCCGCAGGUACCUUCAUGCUCUACCUGUCUGCUGGCGACGACUACCCAUACCAGCCACCAGAGGUGCGAUUCGUGACCAAGAUGAUGCAUCCGAAUAUCUCAGCCCACGGCCGUGUGUGUCAUAGCCUGCUCACCGGUCGGGACUGGACAUCAGAUACGUCGAUGGCCACGGUUCUCGACACUGUUUUCGGCCUUCUGUUGCAGGCUGAGACGUCCGAUCCGGUCAACGUCACCACGACUCUGGGCUACCACCAUGACCAAGUCGAGUUCGCUGAGGACGUCCGUGCUCAUGCACAGCGCCAUGCCUCGAAGACUCGCCAGCAGUGGAAGGAGGAGCUCAUCGGCGAAGAUGAAAACGAGGAAGAGGAUGGAGAUUCGCAGAUGGAAGACGUUGACAGCGAAUUCGCUGAGGAUGACCAGAGCGAUGGUCACUUUGAGGACGAGGACGAGGAUGGAAUGGUGUACUAG